AUGACAGUCUCAAGCGUUACUCAUUCUCCCGACAUUCCUAAACAGUCUUUAUCGGCCACCCAUGCAAGACACGACAGUUCAGGAAAGCUUUUAACGCCUUGGGCAGUUGGUCCAACCAAGAUCCUUCUCCUCGAAAACGUCAAUAGUCUAGCGGUCGAGCUCUUACGUGGUCAAGGUUAUGGGGUGGAUGAGGUCAAGACUGCUUUGAAUGAACAUGAUUUGAUUGAGAAAAUAAAGAGUGGAGGUUAUUCUGGAUUAGGGAUUCGAUCAAAGACUAAAGUAACAGCUAAAGUGAUCAAAGAAGUAGCUGGUCAAUUGUUAGUCAUCGGUUGUUUUUGUAUUGGUACCAAUCAGGUCGACCUCACAGCCGCCGCCUCAGCCGGGAUUUCUGUCUUCAAUUCACCUUUCUCAAACUCGCGUUCAGUUGCUGAAUUAGUCAUAGGAGAAGUCAUCGCGUUAUCUCGUCAACUUUUCGAUCGAUCUGCUGAACUUCAUCGUGGGGUUUGGAACAAGUUGUCAAAGGGAUGUUGGGAGGUACGAGGAAAAACUUUAGGUAUUGUCGGUUAUGGACACAUUGGAUCUCAACUUAGUGUUUUGGCAGAAGCAAUGGGAAUGUCAGUAGUUUAUCACGAUGUAGUACCGAUCAUGCCACUUGGAUCAGCAAGACAGAUGUCAGACUUGGAAGAAAUGCUCAGUGUAGCUGACUUUGUCACCCUUCAUGUUCCUGAGCUUCCUGAGACCAUCGGGAUGAUUUCAACUGCUCAGUUGGCACAAAUGAAACCCGAAAGCUUCUUGAUCAACAACGCACGUGGUCAAGUGGUAGACAUCCCAGCUCUUGUCAAGGCGCUCAAAACCAAACAACUUGCUGGAGCUGCACUAGACGUCUAUCCUAACGAGCCAGCUGGUAAUGGUGAACACUUCAAUGACGAACUCAACUCUUGGACAAGUGAACUUCAAGAACUACCAAACGUUAUUCUGACACCGCAUAUUGGAGGAUCAACAGAAGAAGCACAGAGGGCAAUUGGAGCAGAAGUAGCACAAGCUUUAAUUCGUUAUCUUACCUUUGGUUCAUCAAUUGGAGCUGUUAACUUUCCAGAAGUUACACUUCGACCUAUCCUUGCUACUGGAUAUGUUCGAGUUUGUCAUGUGCAUCAAAAUCAACCCGGAGUUCUCAAAAACGUCAAUUCGAUCGUAGGAGAUUACAAUGUAGAAAAACAAUAUUCAGAUAGUAGAGGUGAUAUUGCUUAUCUAUUAGCAGAUAUACAAGUUAGCCAAUUGGCCGAUCAGUAA